GACUCUGACAAAGCACAGAACAGAUUGCUGCAGCUGUGGGCUACAUUGAAAAAGCAUUUGAAGUCCUGAGAGUGGCAUCCUCUGUAUAUCCCUUUGGAAGAGCUUGAAUGUCGUUAGAUGGCACAUGUACUAUGGUUGGGAACACUGCACUAAACCAUGCUGUCCCUGAACACCCAGCUGAGCUUCAUCGUAUGCACUUUCUGUGAGUUCCUGCUCCUCAGUUCGCACACGUCUGUGUUGCUCCAUGUGAAGACGGUGGAGGUCUGCGAGCCGCUAGGAGCCAAGCAGCCGGGUGGUCACUGUGUGUGGCGCAGGGGUACCUACUUACCCAGGUGAGGUAGCUGUAUGUUAAAAGCAGAGAGAGGAAAGAGCCAGCGCCUCAGAGCACUGCGGGCUUUCAAAUCAGCUGUGGAUAACACCGGAGCACAAAAGUCCUCGCCUCGAGUCAGGUGUGUCCUCAGCAGUAUGGAAUCUCGCUGCCAACUUUGUCCAUGGGCGUUAUUUAUACUCACGGCUUUACUGCAGCUCCUAGAUGCGCAGAGCUCCUGUUCUCAUGGAGCUUGCUACCCGCCGGUGGGAGACCUCCUUGUAGGAAGGAUCCAUCACUUGAAAGCCUCCUCUACAUGUGGCCUUACCAAACCCGAGACUUACUGCACACCGUAUGGGGAAUGGAGCAUGAAAUGCUGCAGGUGCGACUCUCGGGUGCCUCACUCCCACAACAGUCACCGUGUGGAAAACGUGCUGUCCUCCAAAGGGCACCUGCGCUGGUGGCAGUCGCAGAACAGCAUGGAUCGGGUCUCUUUGCAGCUGGAUCUGGAUGAGAAAUUCCUGCUCAGUGGCGUCAUCCUUGUCUUCAGGUCGCUCCUCCCUGCUGCAAUGCUGAUUGAGCGCUCCACUGACUUUGGCAAGACCUGGAAGGUUUAUCAGUAUCUAGCCUCUGACUGCGCCGCCUCCUUUCCUCGGAUCCCCCAGGGCUCCCCCGAGAGCUGGCAGGACGUACAGUGCCAAGCACUGCAUGCCCAGCAUGGAUACCCUUUGCAUGGGGGCAAGGUUAAAUUCACUGUCCGAGACCUGGCAUCUACCAUUUCUACCUCUUACAGCCAGAUCGUCAACAAUCUGGGAGAAUUCACCAACCUGAGAAUUAACUUCACUCAGCUUGCUCACAUUGUGCACCAGGGUUACCGCUCACCCAGCACUUUCUAUGCUGUGACGGAAAUGCAGGUGCAGGGAAGCUGCUUCUGCAAUGGACACGCCGACCGCUGUGCUCCUUCUGGAGAUCAGCAUGCCAUGGUUCAUGGACAUUGUGUGUGUCAGCACAACACCGCAGGGCCGAACUGCAAUCGUUGUGCAGGCCUCUACAAUGACCAGCCUUGGCGACCUGCAGAGGAUGACAAUCCCCACGAAUGCCAGAGAUGCAACUGCAAUGGUCACUCCGACUCCUGCCAUUUUGACCCAGAUGUUUAUCAAGCCAGUGGUGGGGAGAGUGGAGGUGUGUGUGACAACUGCCAGCACAAUACAGAAGGGAGAAACUGUGAGCGGUGCAAAACUAACUAUUUUCACAACCAGCGGCAAGAUUUUGCCCAUUCUGAAGCCUGUCUGCCCUGUGAAUGCGAUCCGGAUGGCACUGUGCCAGGCUCCAUUUGUGACCCUUUCACUGGACACUGUGUCUGCAAGGAAAACGUGCAGGGGGAGCGCUGUCACCUCUGCAAGCCGGGAUUCACCCAGCUGGCCAACGCCAACCCCCAGGGAUGCCGCAGAUGCACCUGCAACCUGCUGGGAUCCCGCCAGGACAUGCCCUGCGAUGAUGAGACGGGGAGGUGCUUCUGCCUGCCCAACGUGGUGGGAUCCAACUGUGACCAGUGCGCCGCUGACCACUGGAAGAUCGCCAGUGGCCAGGGCUGCCAGCCUUGUGGCUGCGACCCUCGCCACUCACUCAGCACCCAGUGCAACCAGUUCACAGGACAGUGUCCUUGCAGAGAAGGCUUCACAGGAAGAACAUGUUCUGCUGUACAGGAGCAGGUUUGCCCAGAUAGGCACUAUGGAGAUGUCAGGGUAGGAUGUACAGAGUGCAACUGUGAUUUCCAGGGCACAGAGGAAACAGGGUGUGACAAGGCCACAGGCCGCUGUCUCUGUCGCCCGGGCGUUACGGGGCUCCGCUGUGACCAGUGUCAGCGAGGUCACUGCAGCACCUACCCCCAGUGUGAGCUGUGCCACCCCUGUUUCCAAGCCUAUGACGAUGACAUCCGGCGCCUUGGCAUGCGCAAGGCCAGCCUGAGCAACUUGACUUCGCAGCUGCACUUUGGAACUGGAGGCUCCCGCUUCAGCAUCCGUCUCUCAGAAAUGGAGGGCCAUGCUCAGCAGGCCCAGAGCAUCCUUGGCAGCUCUCUAGUGACGGAGCAGGACCUGACCCAGCUGGCCAGCAUGCUCACUGCGAUCAGAAAGCAAGCCCGAGGCAUAAAUCCUGACCUGCAUUUUCUGGAUGAGACUGCUUCUCUAUCUAGUGAGUUUGACACCCUCAACAGAAGCCUGGUUAUCAUUAACACCCAGUAUCAGACUAAGAAGACCCAGUUUGAAACCAGCCGCAGCACAGAUCUUUCAGGAGCCUUCAGGACGAUCAGAUCUGCUUACCAGACAUCCACCAAUGCCAGCAAUCUCAUAGCUGGUGCCUCCAGGCUGCUGGCUGAAUCCAGGGAGAACCGGAAAAGCGCUGAGGGACUGGAAGGGGGUUUUACAGACUAUACCUCCACGUUGCAGGCUCUCCAGGGCAAGAUAGCCUCAUCUCCCAACUUGACCCCAGUUAUAAAUAAGAUCUGUGGUGGUUUCAGACUGGAGAAGUGUACUCCUGCCCAGUGUGAGGGGCUGCUCUGCCUGCGAGACAACAGCACGGAGUGUGGAGCUGGUCUGAGUUGCAGGGGCAUCUUCCCCCUGUCACAAGGUGCCCUCAGGAAGGCUGAGAAAGCCGCAAGCGAGUUUCGCAGCUUGAGCAUUCGACUUCAGGAAACCACAGAGCUGAUUAAAGCAACAGAGACAUCUGCAAAUCAGAUUCAAAGCAAUACUCAGCGUCUCGUGGAGCAGAUGACUAUAACAAGGACCCAGAUAGAAGGCGAUGUCCGACGCAUCCAGCAGUUCAUCCAGAAAGUUCGAAACUUCUUGUCAGACACAGAUGCUGACCCUGCUACUAUCCAGGAAAUCAGUGAAUCUGUUCUCUCACUACAUCUCCCUAUGGAUGCUGCUGCAGUCCUGAGAAAAAUGACUGAGAUCCAAAAUUUGGCUACUAAGCUGCAGUGUCCGGAGAGCAUACUUGCCCAGACAGCCGAGGAUAUUGCUAAGGCCAAGCAGCUUCAGCAGGAAGCAGAACAAGCCAGGAACCGGGCAAAUGCUGUGGAGGGCAAUGUGGAAGAGGUGGUUGGGAAUUUGAGACGAGCAAACACUGUGCUCCUAGAGGCCCAAGGUGCUAUCAGGGGCUCUAGUUCUUCCCUUCGAUUCAUCCAGGAGCGUAUUGAUGAAAUCAAAGCUGUUCUUGGCCCAGCUGAGAAUAAUGUGAAGUCCGUUGCUGGUCAGCUGGAUGGACUUGCAGAAAGACUCACCCAGUUGCAGCACAAAGUGGAUCAGAAUCGUCUGAGAGCCACAGAUGCACAACAGACAGCAGCGACGGCUGGCGAGCAAGCAAGGAGCGCUCAGCAGACAUUUGAACAAGUGAAACACAUGUACACUGAAGUGAAGGGAAGAAUGAAGCAGAAUUCAACACUGGGAGUGCAAGGCAGCAGGGUACAAAGCAUAAACUUGGAGGCAAAAGCUCUGCUUGAGGAAACUUUGGCAAUGAUGCUCAGGAUGGAAACUUUAGAGACAGAAAUUCAGGAAAGCAACAAAGCUUUAAUCUCCAAGUCAGCGAGCCUUGUGGGCCUGGAGGAGCAGGUGGAAAGGAUUCGGGAUUCAAUCAACAAGCGAGUCGCAUACUAUGACAGCUGCUGAUGAACAAACUGUCGAAGCUCUGUCUUGCCAUACAGUUGCACUGUCUUCCUUCUCUUCAGACACUGACUUGUGUAUUUAUUUGCAUUUUCUGCAUGGAGUUUUCAUGUUCCUAAUGUCUCUGAUUUUAGCAAAUUCAAUUACUGUGCUUUUGGAAAAUAGCUGCACUGAGCCAAAGGAGCAACCCGCUGGACAGGAUUUAUGUUGUUUGGCCUGGCUGAAGCCACCCAGUUCUUAUAGGAAAGGGGGAGAGAAAUCAAUCUUCAUUGCAAAUAAAAACAUCCAGAAAGGUGCUAUUUCUA